AACCUGUUUUUAUUCAUCAGAAGCAGAUUUAACUGUCUCUCUCUGGUUCAUGUUGAAGGAUCGAUCAUCGUGCGUCACCAACACGGAUUUACUCACGUUGUUUGUUACGUAACGAGCUGAAAAUCAACGUCAGGUGAGGCGUCCUCUCGGCCUCCAGCUUCUUCUUCGUUGGUGGAUCAUGGAGCUGGCCUACGUGUGUGAGUGGGAGAAACGUCCCAAAAGUACACACUGUCCGUCCAUCCCGUUAGUCUGCUCCUGGUCCUGCAGGAACCUGGUGGCCUUCACCACGGACCUGAAGAACGAGGACGAUGAUAAAGAGGUCAGUCACAUGAUCCACAUCAUUGACACCGAGCACCCAUGGGACGUCUAUUCCAUCAACUCUGGACAUGCUGAGGUCAUUUCCUGUCUGGAGUGGGACCAAUCAGGUUCCAGGCUGCUCUCUGCAGACGGGGACGGGCAGAUUAAAUGUUGGUCCAUGUCGGAUCACCUGGUGAACAGCUGGGUGAGCAACCUGUCGUCUUCUCUGGACGGAGAUCCGAUCGUUGCUCUGAGCUGGUUGCACAACGGAGUCAAGCUGGCGCUGCACGUGGAGAUGUCGGGUUCUACGAACUUCGGGGAGAAGUUCUCUCGGGUGAAGUUCUCUCCGUCUCUGACGCUGUUUGGCGGGAAGCCGAUGGAGGGCUGGCUGGCGGUGACGGUGAGCGGUUUGGUGACGGUGUCGCUGCUGAAGCCGGGCGGCGCUCUGCUCACCGCCAGCGAGAGUCUGUGCCGGCUGCGAGGACGCGUGGCGCUGGCCGACAUCGCCUUCACCGGCGGAGGGAACAUCGUGGUGGCGGCGACCGACGGCAGCAGCUCCUCGCCCGUCCAGUUCUACAAGGUGGUGGUGAGCGUGGUGAGCGAGAAGUGCCGCAUCGACACCGAGCUGUUACCGUCGCUGUUCCUGCGAUGCACCACCGACCCGCUGAGGAGGGAGAAGUACCCCGCCGUCACUCACCUCAAGUUCCUGACCCGGGAGAACUCUGAGCAGGUUCUGCUGUGUGCGUCCAAUCAGAGUGGGAGCAUCGUGGAGUGCUGGUCUCUGAGGAAGGAGGGACUUCCUGUCAACAACAUCUUCCAACAUCGAUCGCCAGUCGUGGGGGAGAAGCAGCCGACCAUCCUGAAGUGGAGGAUUCUCACCACCACCAACGAUCUGGAGCGAGUGUCGGCCGUCGCUCUGCCGAAACUGCCGAUCUCCAUCUCCAACACCGACCUGAAGGUGGCGUCAGAUACCAAGUUCUGCCCCGGACUCGGUCUGGCUCUGGCCUUCCAUGACGGCAGUAUCCAGAUCCUGCACCGCCUGUCCCUCCACACGAUGGGGGUUUUCUACGGUUCCUCGUCCUCCUCUGGAACCGGCCAGCGGCCCGGAGACGAGUCCGCUAUCAAACGCCAGAGAACCGGAGGCCCUGCUCUCCACUUCAAGGCUCUGCAGUUCUCCUGGACGUCACUGGCUCUGGCUGGAGUGGACAACCACGGCAAGCUCCACAUGCUGCGUGUGUCGCCCUCUAUGGGCCAGGUGCUGGAGAUGAACACCACGCUGCGCCACCUGCUGUUCCUGCUGGAGUACUGCAUGGUGACGGGCUACGACUGGUGGGACGUCCUGCUGCACGUUCAGCCCACCAUGGUCCACAACCUGGUGGAGAAGCUUCACGAGGAAUACAUGAGGCAGAACCAGGCGCUGCAGCAGGUUCUGGCGACGCGCAUCGUGGCGGUGAAAGCGUCUCUGUGCAAACUGUCGACGGCGACGGCGGCUCGAGCCUGCGACUUCCACGCCAAACUGCUGCUCAUCGCCAUCAGCUCCACCUUAAAGUCUCUGCUGAGGCCGCACGUCCUCAACACACCUGACAAAAGUCCAGGUGACCGACUGACCGAGAUCUGCGCCAAGAACACAGAUGCAGAUAUUGAUAAGGUGAUGAUUAAUCUGAAGACGGAGGAGUUUGUGUUGGACGGUCCUCCCCUGCAGUCCCUGCAGCAGCUCAUCCAAUGGGUGGGAGACUUUGUCCUCUACCUGCUCGCCAACCUGCCCAACCAGGGCUCAAUGGUCCGGCCGGGGUUCGGCUUCAUGAGGGACGGAGCGUCUCUGGGGAUGCUGAGAGAGAUGCUGGUGAUGAUCCGGAUCUGGGGUCUGCUGAAGCCCGGCUGCCUGCCCACGUUCACCGCUACAUCUGACAACCAGGACAGCAUGCAGCUGCUGUUCAGACUGCUCACCAAGCUGUGGCUCUGCUCCCGGGAGGACGGCCCCCCCCAGGACCCUGAUGAGAGUCUGAUAGAUGAGUGCUGCCUGCUGCCCAGUCAGCUGCUGGUUCCCAGUAUGGAGUGGCUCCCAGUGAACGACGGCGUCAUCGUGAAGCUGCAGGGCAAACAUCCGCUCAGGCUGCAGUUUGGAAAAGCUUCGUCUCUGCCCGGCGCCGGCUCCACCGCUCCGCUGGAGGUGUUCACCAGGAGUCCGGGCUCUCAGAAGAUGGAUAACCUGCGUUGUGUUCAUAUGGGCGUUUGUCCGACUGAAGAAAGCAAAGCCUGCACCAGGUGCGGCUGCGUGACGAUGCUUCGAUCUCCCAACAAAACCAACGCUAUGAAGCAGUGGGAGCAGCGCUGGAUCAAAAACUGUCUGUGUGGAGGUCUGUGGAGGAGGAUCCCCCCCAUCCUCACCUGAACACACACACACACACACACACACACACACAGUCUGCAGUUACACUGAUCAGAGCCUCGUCUUCAGGCUGAGAUGAUAGAAGCAACAUGAAUGAUCCGGUCCGGCUGUCUGUGCAUAUUAGUGCACGUGAGCGUGCACGUGAGCAUGCACGUGAGUUCCUUCAUGUGUUUCCAACAUGGCGGCUGCGUCACAAACAUUAAACAUAUUUGUGAAAGUGUUCAUUCAGGAGCUGUUUUCUUUCUUUUUUAACUUAUUAACUAAAGGACAUUAGUUUGGUUCUGAGCUGUUUGGCUGCAGAGACACCUGGUGGCUGAAUGUUGGUACUACACCUUUAAGAUUAGGAUCCUCACAGCAGGCUGAGAGCUUCACACGGAACCAACUACUACUAAAACCUGAACCCAAAUGAAAUUGAUUGAUUUGCAGUUGAUCAGAUAAUGAUCCUCUUCCUCCUCUUCCUCAUAUCUUCAUCACUUCUGACUGAAAUGAAACUUUCUGAUAUUUUUCAGCUUCUUUCUUUUCUUCUUCUUUAUGUUGCGUGUUGUUUUCCUCACGCUGACAGUCUGAUUCAUUUAGGCUCAGUCUGAUCUACAGUAACAUCAAUCAAUAAUCACUGAUUCCACUCAGAGAUGAAUUAUAAACACUGGAGAUGAAUCAUUUCAGGUUUAAGGUCCGAACACGUUUAGAGACGUUAUUAAUGUGAUCGAUCGUUAGGAGACGAGGCUCCGAUCAGUCUGAUUAAACUGAUUAAUCUGAUCAAUCUGAUUAACCUGAUUCUGGUUUUUAGUGAAUCAGGUUUGUUUUGUUUCUACCUGUAAAUACAUUUUUCUUCGUUUUUUUAUGUCAU